AGUGACGUUGUGGGUUGGUUUCAAUGAUCGUGUUUUGUUUCGAACUCUGUACUCUUUGAUUGGAACAUGCGGUGCAAACACGUGUAGGGGAAGCGAAGUGUACAUGUUAAAGUGUAAAUAUUUAAUAAAAAAAUUAAUGUUAGCUAGCAAAUAAAACGAUGCAUAUUGCCGGCGGAUGUGUGCAAGGGACACUGGUUGUUUUCCUUGUUUUGGCAGUGACGUCACCAUCGGCCACGCAGAACACCGUUAUUUCAGGAAACCCUCUGUCAUCCGUAACUGGGGCUGUUACUCGAGUGUCAGCUGUUGUGGGAGGCGAGGCAGAAUUACCUUGCGACUCGCGCCCGCCUCAACGAAAUGACAGUCUGCUACUCGUCGUGUGGUACAGGGACGACAACCCUGUAUACAGCUUCGACACCCGUGUGCCAGGUCCCACUGCUCAUUGGACGAACGAUGCAUUCAGUGAUCGAGCCCAAUGGCUCAGUUUACCGACAUCGUCGUUACGUCUACGGGAUGUACAGUCACGAGAUAGGGCAACCUACAGGUGUCGAGUCGACUUCCAAGUCUCCCCUACUAAGAAUUACAAAAUAUCACUCGAUGUCAUUGAGCUCCCAAGUAAGCCGGUGAUCUUUAACGAAUACGGAAAGGAGAUAUCCGGGAUUGCAGGUCCUUACAACGAAGGAGGAGGUUUCAAACUUAUUUGUUCCGUGAACGGGGGCAAUCCAACGCCAAGAGUCCAAUGGCUUCAAGGGGAUACUAUUUUGGCAACAUUAGGAACUGGUGACUUAAUGCCACCGGGCACGCCUAGAACAUUAACUUUAACCGUAAAAAACGCAACAAGAGAACACCAAUCGUCAGUGUACACUUGUGCCGCAGACAACACGUUGUUGACGUCACCACUGAAAACGACAGUCCGAGUAGAUUUGUAUUUAAGACCACUGACCGUAGAGAUAUUAUCAAGAGAGCAGCCACUAUCAGUUGGCAGGAGAACUGAAUUAUGGUGCCGAUCGACCGGUGCGAGACCUCCAGCUACUAUCUCUUGGUGGCUAGGAGGGAAGCAGUUGAAAUCUAUCACCAAGCAAAGAGAAUUAGAAGAUGGUAACGAGACACAAUCAUUGCUUCAAUGGACACCGUUAAAGGAACACAAUGGCUUAACACUCACGUGCAGAGCUGAGCACUUGAAGUUCAACAGAUCUACAAUUGAAAGCAAGCUCCUGCUUAAUGUUUACUAUGUACCAGUGGCAACAAUAAAAUUAGGAUCCAAAAUGAAUCCAAACGAUAUAGAGGAAGGUGAUGACGUGUAUUUUGAAUGUACUGUUGAUGCUAAUCCGCCUGCAUAUAAAGUAGUUUGGGAACAUAAUGGUAUCCUUCUCCAACACAAUCCAGUUGGAGGGGUUAUUCUCACUGGCAACACAAAUCUAGCUCUCCGCAAUGUAUCUCGACUGCAGGCAGGAAAAUACAGCUGUACUGCUUCCAAUGUUGAAGGAGAUGGAAAGUCAGCACCCCUACAGAUGCAAGUCGUUUAUAAACCUUUGUGUAAGAAGAGAGAAAUAAAAAUGAUCGGGGCUGCUAUUCAGGAGCCGUCGAGUGUAGUGUGCGAGGUCAACGCGUUUCCGCCACCUGAUACCUUUGAAUGGACGCUUAACAACUCGGCUGGAUCAACUAAAGUCGAUCCUGAACGAUUUACAAUCGAGGCCAACGAAGGGAGAUCGGUGUUGACUUACACGCCUGUAGCUGAUGUCGAUUAUGGAACGCUGUCUUGUAGAGCCACAAACUUAGCAGGGCAGCAGGUUGCUCCGUGUGUGUACACGUUACUGCCGGCUACUAGACCCGAUCCGCCUUCAAAUUGCACCGUCUACAAUUUAACAGAUGAUUCAAUAGAUUUGAUGUGUCUUUCAGGCUACGAAGGAGGUCUACACUGUGUGUACGUAGCCGAAGUGUGGGGAAGUGAAGGUUUAGUUGUUAAUUCGAGCAAUUCAGUGGCGUUGUGGAACCUCAGAAGAUUGGGAGCUAAGAGGCAAUUGAAGUUGAUUGUGUACGCGGCAAACGCGAGGGGCAGAUCGGAACACGUCAGUUUCAUUAUAGAAACUGCGCCGAGACUAUCGCCCAGAACGGAAGCACAAGAAGCAUGGGAGGUCAACUGGACAGUGGGAAUAGUAAUAGGCGCAGCUCUGAUAGUAGCGCUUAUAUUAUGCCUAGCUCUCAUAGCUACUAGAAUACAUCACCGAGCUAGGGACUAUGAAGUCACAUUGCCAUCUUCGAAGAAUCAAAAAACCGUUUUAGCGAAGAGGAGUUCGGCGCACUGCCCUGACGACCGGAAUCCGGACCUAAUACCACUAAGUAAAGGCUUAACGGACUGUACACCAAAUCCACCUAUGUACGCAGCGGUGCAAGUGCCAGAGCCAAAUAUAUCAACAAGCGCGCACAGUUUGCCUCGCACUCAGUCGCCGAGCACGCCAGUAUCGCCUCACGCUCAAUACACUGAUUCACAGAGUGAUUCUGGCAGAAGUAUUGUUAACGGAGCUGUUAGAUCACACAGAGAGGUGGUUACAACGAGAACUCCGCUUUUAGCAGCUCACCAAGAGAGCUGUGUUUAACAUUAAGAUAAUAGUCAGGUUAGUUUUAAUUGGAGAAAAAUCAAUCUUUUGUAAUAUACUAAUAAAGUCGUUUUUCCCUUCGACUUAUAGAAAAUAUUUUGUCAUGUCACCUAAAUAAAAAAUGAUGCGUGCGAAAGAUAAUACAUAUAUAUAAUGAUAAUUGAUGAUGAGUUUAUAUUUUUUAUUUAAUUUUACAUAAUCACUAUUUGAUUUACGAGGUUGGGUAAAAAAGUAAAUUGAAAGUAAAAGAUGAGAAAAGAAAGACUUCAUAAAAAAACAUUUAUAUUGAAAUAGUCAAAUGUCUGAUGCGGUCUCCUUGUUAGGAAUCGAUCGAUGAACGUG